AUGGUCAAGGAGUCCCGAGGACACUGCAGCGAAAUGACCCGGAUGUUUGCCCGGGCGGGAUGCUCUGGCAAGUAUCCGGGGAACGUGGAACGUGACAUCAUGAGAUGCUUGGAACUACCAGUGGAUAUUCAUUAUGUGCAGAUACCUGUUCUGGCUGCCGCCAACCGCCGAGAACGUACAAUGAUGAAUCUUCCGAUCCUGUAUCCACAUGAACUUAUUCAUUAUCUGCACGAGUCUGGAAAAGUGAAUAUCACCCAGGAUUUCACCCCUCCACCGAUCACCAAGGGAACCCUUAUCGUGGACGAUAUGCACUCGCAAGCUAUGAUGACCGGAGGACUCCUGUCAUGGGAGGGGGGAACCUUUCCCCGUCUGGACUUAAAAGCUUGGAAUUCAAGAUUGAUGACCGCUUAUUUCCAUGUUGUGCUUCGUCGAGUACGUGAGACCAUUGCGGACGACGUUGAUCCAUUGUUGCGCAAAGAAGUCUCGAUGGCAUUUGCCUGCACAAAUUCUAUUGCGGCAUUCAUGGAUCAGAUGGAGAGAGCGUCACGAUACCUGACGCCGUCGGAGGCGCAGAUCAUGGCUGAUGCCAUUUCUGGAUUUUUGCGUCUCUGGGAAGGUCUGGCAUUAAUCUCUCAGCGACGGCAGGUACCUCGAUGGAAGGCGGUACCAAAGCAUCACACGCUGAGACAUCUCAGCGAGGACCAAUUAAGAAACCUUCUGAACUGUCGUCAUUUCCACAGCUUCGUGGACGAAGAUUUCAUUGGCUUCUGGAAGGGAUUGGUCCAGGCUGUGCCGAAAGAGCUCCUCGAGUUUCGAUGUCUCACCAGAUAUCUCUUGAGACUCAAGGUGCAGCACUAG